UUGUGGUUGGUAAGACAAUAGUGGAAUGAGUAACAGAGAGAAGAAGAGGAAGAGAAAGUCUGGUUUUGUUUCUGAUGGACUUUCUUCUCAUUCACUUGUUUCUAUUUGUUCCAAUCCUUUUCUUCUUCACCUUUCUGUCUCUCCCUUUUCCAUUCCCAACCUAUUUUUGGGCUUGGAAGUCACAGUUGUCUCACCCCGUGGCUGAUUUGGUUUUGAGGAAUGGGGUGAUAUAUACUAGUGAUGAUUCUCUCCCAUUUGCAGAGUCUAUGGCGGUGGCCAAUGGGAGGGUUCUUCGUGUUGGAAACCAUUCAUUUGUCAAGGAGUUGGAGGGAUAUGGAACUCAAGUUUUGGAUCUUGGUGGGAAGGUUGUGGUUCCUGGGUUCAUUGAUUCCCAUGUGCAUUUCAUUCCUGGUGGAUUACAGAUGAUGCAGGUGGAGCUGAGAGGUGUUAGUAAAAAGGAAGAAUUUGUCAGAAGGAUCAAAGAUGCAGCACAAAGCUCAAAACAAGGUUCCUGGAUUUUGGGUGGUGGAUGGAACAAUGAUCUAUGGAAAGGAGAUCUGCCUGCUGCCUCUUGGAUUGAUGAUAUUACUCCUAAUAAUCCUGUUUGGCUUUCAAGAGUAGAUGGCCACAUGGGCUUGGCUAAUUCAGUGGCACUAAAGUUGGCUGGGAUUACAAAUGUAACAGAUGAUCCAAUGGGGGGGAUCAUAGUGAGGGCUGCUAAUGGAGUCGCCGUCAUCGCUGAGUUUCAGUUUCAAAUGACGACCACACGGUUUUGUUCGUCUCGACUAGGCGACCACCGUGACAUCAAGAUCGCCGCCAUCGUAGGUCAGAUGUGCCCUCACGCAUCAGUGACAGGUUUGCUCAGCGUUUUUCUUCCAGCCACACGUGGCGGCGCAUGUGUCGUUCUCCCGGUGUCGUUGACUUGGACUGGGGUUCUUGACUCAGGUGCCACAAAUCACAUUAUUGAACCUACUGGAGUACUAAUUGAUCUUGCUGGGACGCUUAUUACCUCACUGAUUCCAGAGGAUUCAGUAGAUGAUAGAAGGGAAGCAUUGCUUAGAGCAAGCAGUCUUGCCCUAACAAGGGGGGUGACCACGGUUGUUGAUAUGGGAAGAUAUUAUCCUGGCUUUUCACCUGAACUUUCUUGGGAUGAUUUUUCAGAUGUUUAUCAAUGGGCUAAUUCUAUGUCAAAAAUGAAAAUUAGAGUAUGUUUAUUUUUUUCAAUGGAGACAAGGUUACGCUUGGUGGAUUUGAUUAACAAAGUUGGCCAUACCUUGAGCGAAUGGAUUUAUAUUGGUGGUGUUAAAGCUUUUGCUGAUGGGUCUUUGGGUUCCAAUAGUGCAUUGCUUUAUGAGCCAUAUGUUGAUGAGCCAGACAACUAUGGUUUACAAGUGACUGAACCUGAAGGACUUCUCAACAUGACCUUGGAGUCUGAUUUAUAUGGUCUACAGGUCGCUAUUCAUGCUAUAGGAGACAAAACAAAUGACCUUAUCUUGGACCUAUAUCGUUCAGUAGCUUCUGCAAAUGGUAUGAGAGAUCGAAGAUUCAGGAUUGAGCAUGCCCAGCAGUUGGCAGCCGGAACUCCUGGCCGAUUUGGUAAACAAAGGGUUGUUGCUUCCAUGCAGCCAGAUCAAUUGUUGGAUGAUGCUGACUCUACUAGCAAAAAGCUUGGCAAGGAUAGGGCAGACACAGAAUCAUAUUUGUUUCGAUCACUCUUAAAUAACAAUGCAUUAGUGGCAUUUGGUUCUGACUGGCCGGUGGUAGACAUCAAUCCCUUAAGUGGCAUUAAGACAGCGAUGAAGAGGAAGCCUCCCACUUGGAAAAGUGCAUGGAUUCCAUCCGAAUGCAUUUCACUAGAUGAUGCAAUAAAGGCUUACACCAUUUCUGCUGCUCAUGCAAGCUUCCUUGACAAAGAUCUUGGGUCCUUAUCUCCAGGGAAACUGGCAGAUUUUGUCAUAUUGUCCACUGAUUCAUGGCAAGACUUUGCUGAAGAUGCAUCUGCAUCUAUUGAGCAAACAUAUGUUUCUGGUGUGAGAGCAUAUCCUUGAAGCCUUUCCAUUCAGUUAGAUGAUACAUUUUUGGUUAAAUUAAAAAGAUAAUCACUGUUUUCAUUUCAGUCCUAUAUGAAAAAACUCUACAUUUUAGUUGAUACAGUAAAAUAUGCUUAAGAACUAGUUUGUCAACAUUAUAAUGGUGUUAGAUUUGUUUCUUAAUCUUACUCUUGAUAACAUUUGGUUAGUUCCUUCAUGAAAAA